CACCCCUAGAGACAGAUUACAGAAAAACCCUAUCGAAUGAAGAUAGGAUAGCUCAAGAAGCUGCGCCGCCGCUCUCUAUUGAUGACCCGCGAAGAUGGAGGAACUCGCCGAAAGCUCCGCCACCAUCUCUCUCCAUAGAUAACCCGCGAAGAUGGAGGAACUCGCUAGAAGCUCUGCCGCCGUCUCUCUCCAUGGAUGACCCGUGAACAUAGAGGAAUGCGCCAGAAGCUCUGCCUCCGCCUCUCUCCAUGGAUGACCCUCUCCCUUACAUUAUUAACAGUCGGUGACAUCACCUAGAACAGCUCCCCUGAGAGUAACCCCUCUUAAGUCACAUCUGGGAUUAAGCAAAGGAAGAAGAACAGUUAUCCAAUUAUCUUCACUAGUGUCUAAUGAUCUCCGAACCUUCUUUUUGUCAAAGUGAAACUUGUUUGUACUACCUCCAAACAAAGCAAUACCUGGCUAUUCUUGAUUAUGGUAUAAGUGUAAUGAGAGAAGAAGAUAAAUCAGCUCCUUUUAAGGAGGAGAUGGAACCCGGCAAUGUGCUUUGGAUAUGGGCUAAAGGUUCAAUUUUGGGAUUGAUUAAGAAGGCAAACCUGAUUCCUAUAAGGUAUUCAAUAUUUAUGCAACAUGAUAUCAACAAGCGGCAACAGGAUCUCACAUUGUUUCUCUGUGUCAAGCAUUUGAUAGUAAUUUUAUUGGAUGUUAUUAGUAGGUUUUAAAAUGAUAUGUAAUACUUGUUGAAUAUUGUUGAUAUAGUACGUUACUAUGUGGGAAUAUUGUAAUUUUACAAUGAAUGAUUAAUAGCAUGUGGUUGAUAUAAUUUGCCUAAAUGUUGUCAUUUUUGUUGUUAAUUUGAA